AUGUACUUGGUGACUUUACUCCUCUCUCUGUGUUCAGGGUGCAGCAGCAGUUCAGAAACCUGGAGGGUGAUUCGCUCCCAGCGUCCGGAGGAGACUUCCUGCAGAAAGGCUCCGAUUCAAGAGGCACCCGCCGCCUCAGAGUGGUGCGACACCGCUGAGGACUGGGGGGAGGAAGAGGAGGAGGAAGAGGAAGAGGAGAGUGGAGGUGGAAGGAAAGAGAGCCAGGUGCAAGAGGAGGAAGCAGCUCAUCAGGAAGAAGCCGCCGGAGAGAUGCACGUGAGCCUCGGUCUUCAGGACCUGACCCUCGGAGACCACGUUCCUGAGGACCUGACCCUCGGAGACCUCGUUCCCGAGGAGAACGUUCCCGAACUCCGCUCGUUCUUCAUCAGCGUGGUGGAGGAAUCUGAGCUUUUCGGGGAGGAAGACGAGCUGCAUCACGCUCAGAAGCUUCUGCGGGAAUACGAGAGGAGGGAGGGGGUUUCCGCGGGGGAGAUGGAGGACGAAGAUGGAGGCGGAGGUGAGGAGAAAUACGAGAAGACGAAAGCCAGACACGGAGACGCCGUUUUCUCUCGCUUCAUGAAGAAGAUCUCGCUCUGUCCGCAGCAGAUUCUGCGCUACAGCCGGCGAGGAACACCUCUCUUCAUCUCACAGCCGCCGGAAAACAUGCAGGUGCCGAGAUGCGGCUCCUGCGGAGGGGAACGGACGUUUGAGAUGCAGCUGAUGCCCGCUCUGGUGAGUCUUCUGAGGGGGAGGAAGAGGAGGAGGGAGGAGGAAGAGGAGGAAGUGGAGGUGGAGUUUGGGACGGUGCUGGUGUUCACCUGCAACAACAGCUGCUGGACGGAGGAUUCGGGAUCCACUGUGGAGGAAGUCUGCUUCGUGCAGCCGGACCCCGACCAGAAGCUCUUCAAAUGACGAACUUCAACAUUAA